AUGGUGAAAUUAGCAAGUGCAAGAGAAAGCAGGCUGUACGGGCCAAGACUAUCAAGAAAUCGGGCAGAAUACAUGAAUGCUGGGCUUUACUUGUUUGCUACGGUUAUACUUUUAACGGGCUUUUUAGCCCAAUUCUCAAUGGAGCCCAGAUCUGGGCUUGUCCUUCUUUUAAUCGGGUAUUUUCUCAUCGCCGCCGUGAAUGUUCAUGAUCUGGUGGCUCACCUUGCCGGAAUUGAUUACCGGUUGCCGUUGAUGGAGUUUGAUGUUCAGCUUGGUCUUGUUGAGUUUGCUGUUCCUGUUGUUCAGAUUUUGGGGUCUCUUUUGUCCUUUUUGGGAAUCCUUUUUCUGUUAAUUCUGGUUUUGCGUUAA